AUGGCUCUUCUUCCUCCUCUGCUUCUGUCCUGCAUCUUGGUGCUGGCUCUCCCAGCGUUUCAUUUUGCUGCAGGGCCGGCGGUGGUGACGGUAGGGGGCGUCACGUUCCACGUAACUAACAAGUGCCCGUUCCCGGUGUGGCCGGCGGUCGCGCCCAACGCCGGCCACCCCGUGCUCGCCGCGGGCGGCUUCUUCCUCCCUCCGGGACAGUCGAAGCGCGUCGGGGCACCGGCCACCUGGAACGGCCGCCUCUGGGGCCGCACCGGCUGCACCUUCGCGGGCACCGACGCCAACGCCGCCAGCUGCCUCACCGGCGACUGCGACGGACGCCUCGCCUGCAACGGGUCCGUCGGCGCCCCUCCCGCCACCCUCGUCGAGGUGAACCUGCACGCGGACCAGAGCAAGGGGAGCUCCUACGACGUGAGCGUGGUGGACGGGUACAACCUCCCGGUGGCCGUGUGGACCAGGCCGGCGAACCGCAGCGGUGACUGCUUCAUCGCCGGGUGCGCCAAGAACGUGAACGCGGUGUGCCCGCCGGAGCUGCAGGUCACGACGAGCGGCGGCGCGGGCAAGAAGGCGACGGUGGUGGCGUGCAGGAGCGCGUGCCUGGCCUUCGGCCUGGACGCCUUCUGCUGCCGCGGCGCGUACGGCACCGCGGAGACGUGCCGGGGCAGCGUCUACUCGCGGCUCUUCAGGGACGCCUGCCCGGCCUACUACAGCUACGCCUACGACGUGGCCGCCGCCACGGCGCGCUGCUACGCGCAGGAGUACGUGGUCACCUUCUGCCCGUCCAGAUGGGGAGAUCGUGUGGCCCAGGGUUGA